AUGGGCGACCAAUGUUUCCAAGAUGUUGAUGUUGACACUUGGAUCCCAGCACUAGGCGCUGAACAGUCCGGCUCCUGUUUGUUGAUCCGCGCCGCUACUGGUGAGCACGAAGGAAAUGUUUUCAGCUUGGUAGAUGCCGCCUCAUUUGUAUCAACCGCUCCCCUGAACUUGAAAGAGUUGGCGCCCGACUUUGUCGCGCUCAGCUUUAACAAAUCCUUCGAAUUUCCAGACCUGGGGGCUUUGAUUGUUCGUAUAAGCGCCCCCUGUGCCCUCGAGAAGCGCAAAUUCUUUGAUGGAGGCACUGUCAAUGUGGUUUUAGUAUCGGAAGCGCAAUGGCAUGCGAAAAUGACGAUUUCGAUCCACAAGCGUCUCGAAGAUGGCACUCUUCCCUUCCACAGGAUCAUUCCACUAGAUGCAGCCUUUGAUACAGAUGAACACCUCGACUUUCUGCCAAAAAGUUACUAUGGGGAUCUUGCGAUGCAAAGCCCGAUUAUUGCUUUCAGUUUGAAGGACAGCCAGGGCAAGUGGAUCCCAAAAUCUGAUAUAGAAAGUCUAGCAGCCGCAGAACUUCGCCUUCAUUAUGCGCAAGGUCUACGCUGCGGUGACAGCCAUGAUGUGCUAGACGCUCGGCCUACUAGCGUUCUUCGUAUCAGUCUGGAAGCGAUGACCAGUGUCAAUUAUAUCCGGACUUUAGUCCAUUUCAUUGAGGAGAAUGCAUAUGUGGAUAAUUUUCUACCUGUGAUGUUGUAA